ACUCCAAGACAAAUAAACGUCGGAGCUCCGUUUUAGUUACCCGACAACCCGAAACCUCUCCCUCUUUAUUUUUCUUUGGGUUUUUGAAAUUAGUUUCGGCCGUUGUCAUUUUUAAUCUGCUUCUCUUCGGGUAGAAAAUAAUCUGUUAGAGAUUUCUGGGGAUUUUAUUUUUGCUUUGGAUAUUUUUAAGCACUGAGUUUUAUAGCUUCUUGAGCGAGAGCGAGAGAGAGUAGGAGCUUUUGUGUCAGAAUCAGAUUCGAUAUCGCACGAAGAAGACGACGACAUUUUCAGGUCAGUACGAGUUUCGUUGCUUAGACACAGAAGACAGAACGAACCCUGCCCGGCGACGGAGGUAGACUCAACCUUAAAAGCAGAGCUGCUAGCAAUAAUCUUAAAUCAGAUUCGCAGUUAAUUAAAACAAAAGGGCUGAAAAGGCAAGAGAACACAAAAAGAGGCAAAGAUGUUCACUUGCAUAACUUGUACCAAAGCAGACGGAGGUGAGGAAGCCGGAACGCGUGGAAGCACCACUCCCAAUACUAAAGAAGCCGUCAAAAGCCUAACCACACAGAUUAAAGAUAUGGCUAUGAAAUUCUCUGGUGCUUAUAAACAAUGUAAGCCAUGCACUGGUUCCUCUACCAGCCCCAUGAAGAAAGUACAUAGACCGUUCCCAGAUUAUGACAAUUCCUCUGAAGGUGUUCCGUACCCUUACAUGGGUGGAAGCGCUGGUUCUACACCUGCUUGGGACUUUACAAACUCCUCUCAUUAUCCAGCUGGACGGCCAGAGCCAAAAUUCACAUCAAUCUAUGGAAACGAUCGGGAAUCUAUCUCUGCUCAGUCUUGUGAUGUGGUACUAGAUGAUGAAGGGCCUAAAGAGUGGAUGGCUCAAGUAGAACCGGGUGUCCAUAUCACAUUCGCCUCGCUUCCCAGUGGAGGCAAUGAUCUGAAACGUAUCCGCUUCAGCCGGGAGAUGUUCGACAAGUGGCAAGCUCAACGGUGGUGGGGUGAGAAUUAUGAAAAAAUUGUUGAGCUUUACAAUGUACAGAAAUUUAACCGCCAAGCUCUUCAGACGCCUGCUAGAUCCGAGGAUCAGUCACAGAGAGAUUCAACUUACUCGAAGAUGGAAUCAGCGAGAGAAAGCAAAGAUUGGACUCCAAGACACAACUUCAGACCUCCAGGAGUUAAUGUCCCGCAUCACUUCUAUGGUGGCUCUAGCAACUAUGGUCAUCAUCAUGGAGGACCUCCAAUGGAUGCAGCUCGAACCACCACUUCUUCAAGAGACGAACCACCGUCAAUGAGCAACGCAAGUGAAAUGCAGGCUGAGUGGAUCGAAGAGGACGAGCCAGGCGUUUACAUUACCAUCAGACAGUUAGUAGAUGGUACUAGAGAGCUACGUCGGGUCAGAUUCAGCCGGGAACGUUUUGGGGAAGUGCAUGCAAAGACAUGGUGGGAGCAGAACAGAGAGAGAAUACAAAGCCAAUACCUCUAGUAACAGAGAAAUACGAGUGUCUUCCAAAUCAUUAUUUAAUUAACCUUCUCCACAUAAUAACACAUCUAUAUACAUUUUGCUUAUCUUGUUUUCUUCUUAGUUCAAGAUCUAUGCAUAAUUUAUGUAUAAGUAGUCGACGAUUAAGCUGAUUACAUAUAUAGACAUCAUCAACCGCUAGAACCUAAAAAGGGAAAUUGUAAAUAUCUAUACAGAGCUAAGUGUGCUUUGAAAUUUUUUGGUAACCAAAAUGAGUCCUAAACACUUCA